AUGAACCACUUAUGCUCUCUUGCACUUCUAGCUCUUGCCGCCCUUGUCAGCGCCCAAUCUGCGCCAGGGUUUCCCAUCCAAGUCGAUACAAACCUGCGUGCAGACUUCCAGGAUACUUCCACCAGCAUCAGUCCAGCCGGUGUGCUGUUAAAUCGCGAUGAUGUCCUCGAAGAACCCACAAUCGUUGGUCCCUCCGACUCCACCAGGACAAUCGACUACAUGGUCUUCAUGGUGGAUCAGGACGUGAUCUCGCCCUCCGAUCCUUCCACUCGCAUACAAUUCCUCCACUGGUACCAGCCCAACCUCGCUGGCGCCAGCGAAGUUCUUUUCGACUUUGACAGCGAUUCGAAGAACUUCACCUCUGCAACGCCCCUCGCUUACAUCCCUCCCACACCGCCAGGCGGUGACAUCGCUCAUCGAUACACCCUGAUCAUGUUCCGCCAGCCCGAGGGGUUCAACAUUCCCAGUGGAUUCGAGAGCUUCUUUGAAGAGAAAAGCGAUCUGUCGAACCGCUUGGACUUUGAUAUCGCGGCCUUCGUGAGCGCAUCUGGCUUAGGAGAGCCAGUAGGCGCGAACUGGUUUCAGGUGCAGAAUAAAACGGCGUCAGGCUCGACUUCGAGUUCGACCACACAGUCAGCGUCGGCGACGUCAACGAGCACAGAGGCAAGUUCGACUGAGUCGGCGACAAGCACCGCUACAACUUCGACGAGCACGGAGACAGAGAAUACCUCGGCGUCAGGUGCUAAGAGCACAACAACAGCAUCUGCGGAAGUGGCCACUUCGACUGCCGUUGUGACGCCUUCGCAGACACUGGAGACUAUCGCUUCGCCAGCUCCCAGCUCCAGCGCUACUAUCAGCUCACCAGCUGCUGGCGCCGCCGGCAUAGUGGCCAGCAUUGGCAGAGGGCUCAUGGUUAGCUUUGUGCUCACCAUCGCCGGUGCGGGAUGGUGGCUACUGUAA